AUGUAUAAAGGGAACCCCACCGAAGUCAAAAGUAGCACAGGGAAGAGAAUAACAAGGCCGUAUAGUUAAUAAAAGUAUCUCAAUUGAUAACUUAGGGAGUAUAUAGAUAUUAAGUCUUCACUUAAAUAGGACUCGUAUUCAUGUGAAAAGUCAAACUAGUCUACAAUAUUAAAAAGCAAAGUGUCUAGCAAAUAAUAAGUAAAGAAUAAAAUGAAACCAACAUAAACGCGAUUUUAAUAUUAAUAACCUUAGAGUUUACAAACUACUCAUCGUUAUAAUCAUUCUCCAUAUGUUAAGCCUCAUUAAUAAUAACAAUUAUUUGAGUUGCAGAAAACCAUUAUGGCUGAUGCUAACCGAAUGGGCAAUCUUGUAAAUCAAAUGAAGUCUCACUCUUAAUAAAAAAAAAUCCCAUAACAGAUUUAAAUGCAUCAUAAAUCAUAUUAAACAAAUUGCAAAGAGAAAUAAACCCAAAGUUUAAAUGGUAGUUUUGAAUUGAAGAAAAGAAUAUUUACAACAAACCACGAUGUUAAUACAUAAUAUAAUAUGAUUACAAAGUCUAAUAGAGCACAAUCUGUUCUUGAUGAAUAUAAAACCACUGCAAUUGAACUAUAACAAACUAUGAAAAUCCCAGAGCCAAUCUUACCUUAAAGAGUGAUACCCUAUGAUUCAGAGUAAUAAUAAAAAAUAUCAAAUAUAGAACUGAAUUCGAAGGAUACAGAAAGGGGGACUUUUUAACUUUCCAGUCAGAGGAUGAAAGCGAAAGCGAGGAUUUACUGAGAAAAGCUGGAAUUGAACAUUUCUUAAAAAACUUAACAGAUAAGGAAAUUUUGUUAUUGGAAAAAUAUAUUUACCUACGAAAAUAUGAUAUGAUUGCUAGAAAUCCAAGAACAUCUAAAUAGAAUGACCAGUUUUUUCAGAAUAACAAUACUUCAAGAACUUCCUAAUAACAUUAGUAAUAAUAUUGCAAAAUUAGUAGACAAACUAAAAAAUGA